CAAGCGAUCACUUUAAUUGGCUUCAUCAUUGGCAAGAAGCGGUUGGAUUUAUCUUUCAUUAGAAAAAAAGCAGCCCUCUAGAGCACGGUCCUUGUUUUACUGACCAUCUUUAUGGUAUUCCACAAUGCAGUACAUUGGGACCGUUGGUGGAUUGCUUUCUCUAUGUAAUUUUAGGAAAUUUUUGUUGACUAUGGUAUUAAUUUCACUGGCUAUGAUGCCAAGCUACACGAGUGCAGCAGCUCACAAAAUCAGGUCUAAAGAUGGUUCAACCUCAUCGUCCAACAAAGGACAUUUUUGCCCAAAAACCAAAGAAAAAACAGAGAGCGCUGUUGAAAAGUACGAUCACGUGACAACUAAUCUGGUCCGAAUCAAAUGUUCACAACAGGACCCCUCACGGGACAAGUUUCUUGCCAGGGAAGCCUACGACACGACAAUGUGUAUAUUUAGCCGUACCGAACGUGUACCAUCAAGCAAGGUUGUUCAACGGAAAGUAAAAUACCUGGACGACACCAACUGUUGUGAGGGUUUUACUGGCAAAAACUGUGACCAGCCAGUGUCAGAAUUCACGUGCGAUCCAGAGUGUGUGAAUGGAGGUACGUGUAUUGCACAAGACAAGUGCGCAUGCCCAAAAGGUUGGCAAGGAAUGAGCUGCGAGAACGCUGCCUGCGAUCCACCGUGCAAGAAUGGAGGAAUGUGUGUAUCUCCUGGUGUUUGUGUGUGCGAUGCUGAUCACACGGGGGAAAGGUGCGAAAAAGAUGUUAUUGAGUAUGACAGCACUUACAGUGUUGAAUUAGACUCGCCACAAGAUGUUCACCUACGUGCUGCCCGUGCACUCACAAUUUCUACCAAGAAGGAAGGCCACUGUUUAUCAUGGGGUCAGACCCACUAUCGUACAUUUGAUGGCGUUCACCUUGACUUCACUGGCAAGUGCAGUUAUGCCUUAGCUAAAGACUGUACCCCUGGAUCAGAUCAAUUCGCAAUCCACGUCCAAAACGAUAAAUCCUGUGACAGACUUAAGAGCUCUGUUUGUACGCGAGCCGUGUUGAUGUAUAUUGGUGAAAAGGUAUACAAAGUUGCAACGGGGAAUACAGUGACCGUGGAUGACAAGAAAAUACUUCUUCCCUAUAAAGAUUCCAGUGUGUCUAUAUCUAAAGUAUUAUCCUACGUCAUCAUGCGCGCCUGGGGGGACGAUCUAGAGGUCAAGUUUGAUGGCGUAUCAGGUGUAUACGUAGGACUGGCCAGUAAGUACAAGAACACUACGUGCGGAUUGUGUGGUAACUACAACGGCGUGCCUGACGACGACCUCUUCAAAGCGAACACAAACCAAAAAGCUUCUAGCGUAGCCGAACUGGCCGACAGCUGGGCCAUGCCGAACCCCAAGGAAACAUGUCCACCAGCAAGUUCUGUGAAUAUGGAUGUUUGUAAGAAUGCUAGUAGUUUGAUAAGUCAAAGCGCUAGGAGAAUGUGUAUGGUGCUACUUGGAGAGCAUUUUAGUGCAUGUCAUUCUAAAGUUGAUCCAAAAAGUUUCGUGGAAAGAUGUGAGCUCGAUGUUUGUACGUGCAACUUUGGACAGCACUCGGGAUGUCAGUGUGAGGCUUUGACACAAUACUCGCGAGCAUGCGCUAACAAGGGAGUGACGCUGAACUGGAGGAGCAAGUAUUUGUGUCCCAAAACGUGCAGGAAUUCUAAGGUGUACUCAGAAUGUGGACCAGCCUGCACCAAGACCUGUGAGUCAGAUGAUCUUCAGCCUACUUGUAAAGAAACAUGUAUAGAUGGUUGUCACUGUCCUGCUGGUCGAGUACAGGGCCCGGCAGGGGAUUGUCUUUUGCAGAGCCAGUGCCCCUGUCGUCAUAAUGAUGUUAAUUAUCCAAGUGGGAAGACGAUACGGGUUGGCUGUAACAAUUGUAACUGCAACGGAGGAACAUGGACUUGCACCAAAAACAGAUGUCCAGGAACCUGUUACACAUACGGUGAUCCUCAUUACAUGACCUUCGAUGGCAAGGCAUACUCAUUCGAAGGAAAAUGCCAAUACCGACUGGUGGAAUCACGUGACAAUUUCUUCUCUGUCGUCAUCAAUACGGCAUCCUGCUCGUCGAAUCAAAAGAGCAGCUGCGUCAAAUCCGCUGUCAUUGAUUACAACAACGUGAGCAUCUCAUUGGCUCAUAAUCAUCCUCUAAAAGACACGGUCCACGUACAGUAUCCCGGUCAGAACGGUAACCAACCGGUAUUGAUGCCAGUGUAUGACAGAAUGAGAGGGUUUCAGUUUAGGAGACUUUCGACGAACUUGGUUGAGUUUCAUGGAGAUAAUGGGCUGACKGUCUCGUGGGAUGGAAUAAAGAAUCUGUAUGUGACUCUAACUCCAAGCCAUUCUGGAAAGGUUCAAGGACUUUGCGGAAAUUUCAAUUUUAACACCAAAGAUGAUUUUGGAAUCGAAGAGUCAGCAAUAAGCUUUGGAAACAGCUGGGCUGAAGGCAACUGCGUGGAUGUCCCCAACGACAACGUGAAACUCAAACCAUGUGAGAUCUACCAACAAAAUAAGAAAUACGCAGACGCCGUGUGCACAAAACUCGAGCAGGCGCCAUUCACAGAUUGCCAUGGUUACGUGGAUCCCAAACCAUUUGUGGAGAACUGUAUACAGGACGUGUGUGGGUGCGAUGGAAGAGACUGUCAUUGUUCUGUUAUGGCUGCCUACGCUAAGCAAUGCUCCAUGCAGGGUGUUGCCAUCAAUUGGCGCGUCAAUGGGACAUGUCCGAUGAAAUGCCCUGAUGGGAUGGAAUACAAGGAGUGUGGAUCAUCUUGUGUAACUUCUUGUAAGGACCUGUCAAUCAAAAACCAGUCAUGUGUAGAGCAGUGCGUUCCCGGAUGUCGAUGUCCCAGUGGUAAACUGUACGACUCGCGAGAAGGGAAGUGCGUGAAUAUUGCUUACUGUCCUUGCUAUGACAGUGAAGGAAGACACUAUAUGUACAAUGCACGGACAAAGAUCAAAUGUAAUGAUUGCAUUUGCCACAGAGGUAAACUUAUUUGUUCUAACAAGAUUUGUCAAGAAAACAAGUGCCCCGUGGGUCAAAUCUGGUCUAAAUGUGGUGCGCAGUGUCCACAAACCUGUAAGACCAUGCAUAUGGGCUGCAGCACCGUGAUCURUAAGGCAGGAUGUGUCUGUCCUCAAGGUUACGUACAAGAUAAGGGAACUUGUAUUUUAUCAAGCACUUGUCCUUGUUAUUAUAAUGGUAAAAGCUACAAGAGUGGUGAUGUCAUUAAAAGAGAUUGCAACACUUGUGUCUGCAAGAAUAAUGCAUGGCAGUGCACCAGCAAGAAAUGUAGAGGAACUUGCACAGCGUUCGGUGACCCUCACUACAAGACAUUCGAUGGCCGCUUGUAUAGUUUCCAGGGUGGCUGUAAUUACGUGAUGACCACAGACAAAUGUCCCGGAUCUAACGUGACCGUGCAAUCUUUUAGAGUAGACGCUGAAAAUAUUCCAUGUGGAUCUACUGGCGUGACCUGCACCAAGUCCGUGACUGUCACGAUACACGAUACCGUUAUUCACCUGGUUCGUGGAAAAGAGAAGCCAUCCGUUCUUCGUCUCCCAAACAUCUCUCCGGUGCGCGCUGAGUUUUCCUUGGUCUAUGCCGGUUUAUAUGUGAUUAUUAAGACGCCGUUUGGUCUUAACGUGGUAUGGGACAGAGGAACGCGGCUGUACAUUGAGAUGAAUCCUAACAGUAAACACUGGUCCAAGGUUUGCGGUCUGUGCGGGAAUUUUGAUGGUGAUAUGACAAACGACUUCCUGGCAAAGAAUGGUAUUGAAGAGACCUCGCCUUAUCCUUUCGGGGAUAGUUGGAGGGUACGGGGUGAUUGUACGAAGACUAAAGAACCACAGCAUCCCUGUAAAGUGAACCAGCACAGGGAGGCUAGAUCACACGCGGCAUGUGCAAUUAUCAAGUCUAAUGUCUUCAAACCUUGUCAUUUACAUGUGGAUCCAGACCAGUACUAUGAACGAUGUGUGUACGACACGUGUGGCUGCGAUAUGGUUGGUGAUUGUGAGUGUACCUGUGAAGCAAUCGCUGCGUAUGCUUAUGAAUGCCUUUCUGCUGGGGUCAUCAUCGACUGGAGAAAGGAAAAGUGCGAUGUGACUUGCCCAGAAAACGCAGUGUUCAAAAACUGUGCAACAGCUUGUCCCGAGACUUGCAGUGACCCCCCUGGACAAAACAAAACCUGCACUAUGAGAUGUGUAGAAGGAUGUUCGUGUAAGGAGGGGUAUACACAAACUGUUAAUGCUGCUGGCAAGAUAAUGUGUAUAAAGAGAAGUCAGUGUCCUUGUGUCCACGAUGGCAAAGUCUAUAAACCUGGUGAUAAGGUCUACAAAAACUGCCAGCAAUGUGAAUGCAAAGAUGGACAGCUGACUAACUGUAUUGGAAAGCCAUGUUCAACUGCUGCUCCACCAACCACGACUGCGAUUCCAACCACAACAUCUGCUGCAACAAGCACAGCUAAACAACCAACCACGACAAAGUCACCACCAACGACAACAAGAAGACCCACUACCACAGUUAACCUUACAACCACUGGCAUUCCUAUUACUACUACACCUAUCGUUCCGACAACUGGUUUGUAUUGUAGAGAAACCCUUGGACUUGGAGUACAGGACAAACGAAUCCCAGAUAGUUAUCUUAGUUCAUCAUCAGAGCUCGAUUCAGAUGCCUCAGCGAGAGAGGGACGUCUAAACAACCCAAACCUGGCAUGGCAACCCACUUUUAGAGACGACCACCCAUACUUCCAGGUCUUUCUAGGGAACCUCACCAUGGUUACGCAGAUUGCUACCCAAGGACACCCGUGGGAAGAGGAAUUUGUCAUGAAAUAUACCAUUCAACACAGUGCAGAUGGACAGAACUGGAUGAACUACAUGGAUAGCUUUGGAGACGUCGUUGUUUUUGAUGGAAAUGGUCUUGGGUUUCCUUACGGGAUUCUUGAUGACAUCAAAUACAACCAACUCCCCCGACCAAUCACAACGAGGUACAUCAGGAUACGACCAAUCAAAAAGCAAAACGAUGGUUUUCCAAUCAGUCUUCGGGCAGAGCUUUACGGCUGUGGAGUCGAACCGUACUGUUUAUUCCAGGGAAUCAAAAAGAAGCCUGGUGAGCGAUGGCAGGUCGAUCGGUGCACGUGGAAAGAAUGCAAACCAGACGACAGCUCACCAACUGGAGCUACAGUUCUCGUAGAGUUGAUUGUCUGUCCUAACAAAACUUGUAAUACUGGUUGUAAACCAGCUGGAGGUAAACGUCAAGUUCUAGUCGACAUCCCGGGAAAGUGCUGCCAAGAAUGCAAGGAUGAAAGCGAGUUAGGCUGUGGGCCUCAAGAAUUCCCCUGUAACGAUACCACUUGCAUCCCGCUAUCCUGGAAGUGUGAUAAAAGGCCAGACUGCAGUAACAGACGAGACGAGGAGUGCUGUGAAAAUAUACCUCCCACUACAUUGCCUCCAACCACUACCAAGGCGACCCAACCCCCAACCACUACUGAAAAAGCAACACAACCCCCGACCACUACCAGCAAGGCAACACAACCACCAACUACUACUGAAAAAGCAACACAACCACCAACCACUACUGAAAGAGCGACACAACCACCAACCGCUACUGAAAGAGCGACACAACCACCAACUACUACUGAAAGAGCGACACAACCACCAACCACUACUGAAAGGGCNACACAACCACCAACCACUACUGAAAGGGCGACUCAACCACCAACCACUACUGAAAAGGCAACACAACCACCAACCACUACU